CUGCGCCCCCGCCGCCCAGGAGCCGCGCUCACCGCAGGGGCGGGCCCCCGCCUGCGUCCGCGGCGCCGGCAGAAGACUGAUCUUUGAAAAUAUGUAUUUGGGAGAUAGUCACGUUCUAUUAAAUACCUUGUGCUGGUGCUGCCAUCGAAAAAUCUGGUUACACUCUGGGGAGGCCUGCUGCUUCUGCAGGACUGCACCGCCUCGGCCCUGAGAUGAGUGUCCAGCCUGAGCGGGCACACCAUGAAUAGAUACACAACAAUCAAGCAACUUGGGGAUGGAACCUAUGGUUCCGUCCUACUGGGACGAAGCAUUGAGUCUGGGGAACUGAUUGCCAUUAAAAAAAUGAAAAGAAAGUUUUAUUCCUGGGAGGAAUGCAUGAACCUUCGGGAGGUUAAGUCUUUAAAGAAGCUCAACCAUGCCAAUGUAGUAAAAUUAAAAGAAGUUAUCAGGGAGAAUGAUCAUCUUUAUUUUAUCUUUGAGUACAUGAAGGAAAAUCUUUACCAGCUCAUAAAAGAAAGAAAUAAGUUGUUCCCUGAAUCUGCUAUAAGGAAUAUCAUGUAUCAGAUAUUACAAGGACUUGCAUUUAUUCACAAACACGGCUUCUUCCAUCGGGACUUAAAGCCUGAGAACCUCCUCUGCAUGGGCCCAGAACUUGUGAAAAUUGCAGACUUUGGGUUGGCCCGAGAAAUCCGAUCGAGACCCCCAUACACAGACUAUGUAUCUACCAGAUGGUACAGGGCCCCAGAAGUGCUCCUGAGAUCUACCAACUACAGCUCCCCCAUUGACAUCUGGGCGGUGGGCUGCAUCAUGGCAGAAGUGUACACCCUCAGGCCACUCUUUCCCGGGGCCAGUGAAAUUGACACCAUCUUCAAAAUUUGCCAGCUGUUGGGGACACCCAAAAAGACUGACUGGCCUGAAGGCUACCAACUUUCAAGUGCGAUGAACUUCCGCUGGCCCCAAUGCGUACCCAAUAACUUAAAGACCCUGAUUCCAAAUGCCAGCAGUGAAGCCAUUCAACUCCUGAGAGACAUGCUCCAGUGGGAUCCCAAGAAACGGCCAACAGCUAGUCAGGCUCUUCGAUAUCCUUACUUCCAGAUUGGGCAUCCACUGGGCAGCACCACACAGAGCCUUCAGGAUUCAGGAAAAGCACAGAAAGAUGUCCUGGAGAAGGCAGGCCCGCCUCCUCACAUUAAGCCGGUCCCCCCUGCCCAGCCCCCAACCAAACCACACCCGCGGAUUUCAUCGAGACAACAUCAAGGCAGCCAGGCCCCUCAGCAUCUCAUAUACCCCUACAAAGCAGAGGCUUCCAGGACAGAUCACCCAAACCAUCUUCCAGAGGACAAGCCAAGCCCAUUGCUCUUCCCGUCCCUCCAUACCAAGAAGCCUCAGUCGAAAAUGCUAGCUGGCCUAGAACCCAAAAAUGGGGAGAUCAAGCCGAAGAGUAGGAGAAGGUGGGGUCUUGUGUCCCGGUCAACAAAGGAUUCCGAUGACUGGGCUGACUUGGAUGACUUGGAUUUCAGUCCAUCCCUCACCAGGAUUGACCUGAAAAACAAGAAGAGACAGAGUGAAGAGACUCUCUGCAGAUUUGAGAGUGUCUUGGACCUGAAGCCCUCUGAGCCUGUGGGUACAGGCAAUAGCGCCCCCACCCAGACCUCCUAUCAGAGGCGAGACACACCAACCCUGAGAUCUGCCGCCAAGCAGCACUACUUGAAGCACUCACGAUACUUGCCUGGAAUAAAUAUAAGAAACGGCAUCCUUCCAAAUCCAGGCAAGGAUUUUAUUCCAUCUAACCCGUGGUCUAGUUCUGGUUUGUCUGGGAAAUCUUCAGGAACAGUAUCGGUAAUCAGCAAAAUAAAUUCAGAUGUUGCCAAAUUGCUCUCCAGCAGGGUCUGGGAGUUGUGCUGCAUCCUUGAUGCCACUUGGUACUGUCAAGAUUGCAAAAUGUGUGCCGGUCUGAUAGUUGGUUCCGGUUCUACAAGUUCUAGUGGACUGACUGGAAACUAUAUCCCAUCCUUUCUGAAAAAAGAAGUGGGUUCUGCUAUGCAGAGAGUACACUUGGCACCUAUUCCAGAUCCUUCCCCUGGCUAUUCUUCCCUGAAGGCUGUGAGACCUCACCCCGGGCGACCUUUUUUCCACACCCAGCCUAGAAGCACUCCUGGGUUGAUGCCACGGCCUCCAGCUGCCCAGCCAGUGCACGGCGGGACGGACUGGGCUUCUAAGUACGCUUCUCGGCGAUGACCGGCACAAAGCUUCUGGGCGCAGGGAAUAGCAAGACACGGUCCCUCUGCCAGUUGGUGUUCUGCCGGCAGAAAACUUGUGAAGGGUAUAAAAGCAGACACUUUAUAUAGUUAUUCUUCUGAACUAAGACAUUUCAAUAUUCUUUAAAAAAAUUUUUUUUAAAUAUUGAUUUGAAUGCAAUACCCUUUUUUUGUACAAAAUUAUUUUAUUCUAAAACUGGGUCCCAUUAUUUUCUUAAACAGCAGCAUUUUGUAUAUAUGGAUUAUGUUUUAGCAUUUUAUACGGUCAACUUUGUAAUGAACUUUUUAAAAAUUAAUUGAUUUUCCUUUGGGGUUCCAGAUAGUAUUUUAUACAGAUUUUUAAAAAUGUAAUAAUAUUGAUGCAGUAUUGCAGCAGGGGUGCAAUUGAAGGCUAUGUGAUAGAAGGUUAUUUACUCAAUGCGUGCAGGUAUUUGUGAAGUGGUUAAAUUUUAAAUGUGGCACACUGGUACUUCAGGCUUUCUUGGACUAAGCUCAGCACUAGAUAAAUGAACUUCUGCUUUUCUCAAUAUUAUGAUCCUGGUUUGAUUUUUUUUGAUACCACUGUGCUGUUCUAAAAGUACUAUUAUGCAAUCAGUCUCCCAGAUGAAAGAACUCUAAAUAUUUUUUGAAAUUUUGACGACAACCCUUUUUGGUGGUUGGAGAUAUGCAAAUGAACCAUUUUAUCAGCUAUGCCAUCGCAUCCUAUUUUCUCCCAUUUUUUCCUUCCAUUUUUGAAAUCAAACUAUGUAAGUACCCACAAAAGGGAAGCUUUUCAAGUCAACAGGUUUUGAACAGAAAGGUCAACACAGUCCGUUAAACUUACAUCCCAACCAAGAUACAUGACCAAAAAGCUGAGUGUCAAAGCAGCAGAAGAUUUUCUUUAUUGUAAUAACUGAUUGAAUUUUGCAUUCAGCUCAGUUCUCCAGGCCUGGCUAGGAACAGACAAUGAAUAAUCUGCCCUAGCCAAAUUCUCAGGGCAUUUUGGGGAGCAGAAAAAAUUUAUGGUAGAGGUUCCACUUAUCUGGGAAGUCAUAGCUACCAUGAUGUUAGUGUCUAUAGUGUGCCACAUUUGAACUCUUAACAACUGUAGUUUCUUCACACAGUGGGAACUCUUAUUUGUUGGACAGAGGCUGUUCCAUUGAGAGGCAUGUUUACAGCAAUUUUAAAAACGACAAAGCUAGUUUGGAGUCAGAAAAAGACAAAAGGUCCACUUUUUGUCUCUGUAGGGCAUGUCUGCCUCCACCUGUGGUUACCUGGAAGGCAAGAGUGAAGGUCUCGGCCAAUGAACACGAGACAAACUCCAUAGUGUAUUGACUCACAUUCUCCCAGGCCCCAAGCUACUCUCUUUUGGUUCUGGGUGCCAGGGUAUAAGCAAGUUGAGCCAUAUGAAAUUGUCUGUCAUUUCUGGAGGUUAAAAUGAUAUAUUAAAGUGAACAUUGGCACUUUGAUAAGAUUCAACCCAAUAAGUUGGCACAUGAUUGGUUGGAGGUAUUAGUAAUGUGUUGCAGCCAGAACAAAUUGCCUUGGCUCCCAAAGAGCCCUAAUCUAAAUCAGGGAGUAAUUUUUGCUUUGGAGAAUCUGGUUCAAAAAUGUACUUGAGCAAGCACUAUGAUCCCGAGAGGCAUGAGAGAAGCACCUAAUGGAUGUGGAUUUGAUAGGUAAUAUUUUCUGUUAACAAACUGGCAGCAAAGCUUCAGAAAACAAAUAUGUAAAUGUAAGCACAACUUGAAGCUGAGUUCACUUCUGUAUUAUAUCCUCAACUCAUUAUCUAAAGCAACAGAAAAUGUGUUUUCAGAGAUGAGUCCUUUACUGCAAGUAAUAUUUAUUUUCCCUUUCUGUAUUAUGUAUAAAAAGUAAGUUAAUCUGUAACCUUACCCAGCUUGCUGGAAAGCUGGUUUUAAAUUGUAAAUACCUCUUAGAGAAGCAAAUGGAUUGUGAAUACCAUAUUCUUGGCACUCUAGCUCGUGUUAAGGUCAUGAUUUUUUUUUAAAUUGAGAAAUCUAAUCACAUGGUUAUUACACAUUAUAAAAUUGUUUGCAUAAUAUUUUUGUGGGCCCAAAUUUAGAAGAUAUUUCUGUUUUUGUCCUCUUACUUUUUGCUUUAUUUAUGAGCAAACGACUUCCCUUAGGAAGCUAAACACAUUUAUCCAUGUGAAAGUUGAGAAGCUGAUGUGCAGUUGAGAAAACUGGAAGACUGAAAAAACAAUGUAAAUUCUAAAGAACCAGCAAAAUCCUAGUAAGUUCUCCCUCCCCACUCCCCACCGUAAUGGGUAAAGGACAAAUGUGUAUACACACUGUUUACUAUAGAAGGGAAUUGUGAUCAUUUUUUUGUUAAGUGAAAAUCAAAUGCUACGUGGUGCAUAUAUUUUUUAGUUAAUAGAGAAUUAUAAAAUGUACUAUAGACACCAAGAGGAAUGAGGAGUUUCACUGUAUCUAUCCAUGACUAUACCUCAUUUCCGGUCAGAAAGCUUUUCAGGAUGUCAGGAAAUGGUACAGGGAUGGCUCCAGUGAUAGCGGUGUGCCUUGGGGUACAUGUAUCAACUGCGAGCCAAGCUGCGUGGGCAUAAAAGCUACUCCUGGUGUGAUUGUUCAUCUUACAGUAAAAUUCCAUGAAUCACUAAGCAUUGCUCAGUAAGUAGGAAGAAAAUUGAUUGUCAAACAGUUUUUUAGAACCCUCUCUUAUAGAUAGCCUAAAGGACCGUAUCCAUCUAACAAAUUGACACUGCAUCAUCUUCUGACAUUAUCAAAAAUUGAACACGUUCAAGGUAAUGCCUAAGUACAAAGACCGGUACUACUGGAGCUCAUGGACACCAUCUUUUCUCAUGAAGUAGCGUUUCCCUACCAUCAAGCCAUCGUUUUGUGCCAUGUAGGAGAAAAAGAAUGCAGGCUGUAUGAUCCAGCUCAGUGUAUGACCAAAAGCAAUAUGUUUAUAAGAAAAUGUUUGACAUGCUAAUUAUUUUAUAUCAUUUAAAGCAUACUGUAGCAACUCGUUUGUUUAAUAUAUGUGCUUAAUUUUUAGAAUGAUUUUUACAAUUUCCAACCAAAGUACUGUAUUUUAUAUAACUUAUUGUGAGGACCCUCUCAUGGAAACCAUUAAGAAGACAAACUAGAGGCAAGCAUCACAUUAAUCUGUAUUACCUGUUUCUUAUAGACACUGUGCUAAUGUGAAUUUGAAAUGACCCGAGCAGUCUUCUGAUCUCAGAUAUCUUAGUACUGAUAGCAGUUUAGUCGCCUGAUUCUUACAAGGGAACAACUGAGAAUAUAUUUAUUUAAAAAGCAAAUAUUCAGAAUGAUGAAAAUAGAGGCGGACAGAAAACCACAGACACAAGCCCCUUCUGAAAUAAAAUAUUGCUUUUUGAAUAGUUUGUCCUAAGGUGUUUAAAAACGUUAACUUUAUGUAAGGAAAUUCUACCCUAAAUAAAGUGACAGUUAAAGAAAGAAAAAA